UGAAAGUCUUCACCAGGAGUUUUGGGCACGCGCAGACAGCGGAACUUGCUGGUCGUCCAGUUGGCAAACUGACGAAGUUGUCUUCGGAAACAAAAAAACAAUUAUGACUUCGACGAACAUGUUUCAAGGGUUGGACACUGGAACUAAACCAAGCUCCAGGGUGUUGCAGCCUCCCGGAGGUGGCUCCAGUAACUUGUUUGGUGGCUAUGAAGACGACGCUGCAGCAUCAAGAAGACCCAAUAAGAUGGCCUCUAAACUGUUCGCUCCACCAGAGGAGUCCCAGAGCGUACCCAGGCGCUCCAAUCCUCCAGGUGGGAAGAGUAGCGGAAUAUUCGGGGAUCCUGAACCUCCAGCUUGGCAGCAGAGACACAAACCUCCCGGUGGACCAACCAGCGACAUAUUCGGUGCUGCAGAACAGGCCCAGAGCCGAAACCAAAGCCACCCAAAUAAGCCAAAGGACAAUAUAAAUGUGGGACCCGAAACCAAAUCAUCACCUGCACCAGAACCCCCGGUCAGCCAGCCUGAGGUGAAGGAGGAAGUGGCCCCCACACCAUCUCCCGUGCCAGCCAAGGAGGAGCCUGCUGUGGUCCCAGCCACUCCUAAUCCUGAGCCCCCAUCUUCAUCUUCCCCUUCCUCACCUCCUGAGGAGACAGACCCGACCGGUGAGGCGAAGAACCACGAGCCUCAUCUGGGACCCAAGCCUCGCUCUCACAACAGGGUCCUCAACCCCCCCGGAGGAAAGUCUAGUGUGGUAUUCUACUGAUCAGCUAAACACACGCAUCUCCUCCCUGUUGGUGUCCAUGCUCUCUGUGUCUGCUCCCCUGUCAGUCUUCUCUUAUUGCAACACCUGUACAUUCAAACACAGAGCAGGCAUCUUUGUUCUUCUCACCAGAGUCCUUUUCAACUAUGUUGUCCUCAACUUCUUGCACUUUCAGCCCUUUUUCUUGUCUCUUUGUCUAAUUCUUCUUCAAUGAAACCUGCAAUCACCAAUCAAUCAACAGGCCAGCUAUUAGCUAAUCACUUUAACUGUAACACUGUUCAAUCACAAUAUACUGUUUCACUGUUUCUGUGUUUGUAAAUGUAGUUUGGGUUAAGACAGUUUGUCCUUUUGAAAACGUUAAAUCGUUGGCGUGCUCGUACAAUGAUCAGCUUCAAACAGUCCUGGAUUUAAGAAAAUCCUGGUUUAUAGAAUUCACGGCAGGCAUUUGCUUGAAUUUGAAGGUGCUUGUUUUAAACCUUAUUAUGUUACCGUUCUAUCCAGAGGGGGUAAAUGCAUCAAUGUAACACGUUUCAGGGAGUUCCACUCGUGCCACCUUUUUAGGUGUUGCUGGAUCGUUAUUGGAUUGCUACAUAAAACCUUUUGUUUUGCAGUUUUAUAAAAUAAUGGAUGUGUUGGACUACAACCAAUGAAGCCUUAUAUCAGCUCAGCAUCUUGUCAUCUUUCCUGCCUUCUCACUAAUCAUCCCGUCAUUUCAACAUGUGUCUAACAUUAAUAAUUUGUUCUCUGUUCAAGGAUAGAUGCCAAAAAUUGACGAUGAAACAAAGAUGAAUGCAAUUGUUUACUGCUAAAUAUUUCUGCUUCCUUAAAGAAAAUUCCGUUUUUGAUUGUACGCGUCUGUAUUACGCAGGUACUUCUCUGCUCUCUCUUCUUUGCUUUGCUUCAUCUGAGAACACGCCUGUUGUGCUCGAGGUAGGCCUCAGUUUAUGUUUUAAAUUAAAACGGCUGAAGACGUGUGAAGUCUGGACAAUCUCGUGGCCUGCCUGAGUCCAGGUGGGCUCAUUGAUAAAAAUCUUUUCACCCAAUUCAUGAUGCACAUUAAUGGUAUUCUGGUGCCGGCCUGCCCUCCCCCUCCCCCUCCCUCUCCCUGAGUGUUGAUGUGCCUGGCAGGCAAUGAGCGCAGCAGAACAAAAUCCUGUGUAUUACAAUAAAACUGUUGUUUUGCAUUUAAA